CUCAGGAUUUGCUGCUCAUCUUGCUCGUGAAGGAGUGCAAGAAAGAGUCGAAUUCCAUGGGUUUUCUGGGAAACAUUGCCAGGAGUCUCGAUGCACUUAGUUUUCUUUUUAGUGGUCUCGAUGCACUUCUUGGCCCAGUGGCGGUGCUGCUAUAUCCUCUAUAUGCAUCGAUGCGUGCCCUUGAGAGCCCUUCUCCGCAUGAUGACCAACAAUGGCUAACAUAUUGGGUGGUGUAUUCGCUAAUCACACUUUUCGAACUCUCUUGCUGGAAAGGUCUCCAAUGGUUUCCUGUUUGGCCUUACAUGAAACUUGUGUUCUGCUUGUGGUUGGUGCUACCGAUCUUUAAUGGAGCUGCCUACAUCUAUGAAAAUUAUGUGCGGAGAUAUGUUAAGAUUGGGGGUUAUAUAAGCUCAACUGACCCAGAAGAGCGGAAAAAAAUGGUGGAGAUGAUGAGCCCUGCAGCUAAAAAUUUGGUGGUGCAAUACAUUGAAAAACAUGGACCAGAAGCUUUUGCGAGGGUCAUCAAAGCGGAUGUAAAGGAAGCCAAGAAAUCCUAGGCCAGAUGAUGAAAAAGGAUGCUCCACCGCUCCAACUGUCGUUUGUCGACAUAAAAGAACACUAUAUAAUGUAUCAUGAAGCUAUUCAAAUGUUACACCAGCUGCAAUGGUGGCUGGUUGAAGAAUCUACAACUGAGAUCUGGGUUUGUGAUUGUGCAUAACAACAUUGGGUCAGGUUGUAUUAUUCUUAUUGAUGAAGAUUUAAGAAGCAAAGAAAGCAA